UAUGACGGCACCUCUGAAGCGAAGCUAUUAUCGAUUUUGGAACAGUAAAUACUUGUGCAUCGAACAUGCUGUAAAGUCAGCUGAUUAAACUAUUAAAGAUCAGUACUGUUAAUCGUAAAGGCUGAGCAAUGGUUGCAGUGGAAAACCUCGGACGCGUACUGGGUGAUCUUUUUCAGAGAAAAGGAAAAGGUACUGUCAGGGAAUGGAAGCCGUUGGGUCAGGAGCAAGAUGGGUGCCUAAUAAUAGGAUGGUGGCUGGAACUGCAGACUGAAGAUGAGAACUGUCACAAACUUCAGACUUACAUUGGAAAAUACUAUCAUGAAGGCAACAGUUUAAAGGUCUUGUACAUCAUCAACUCUCUUGUCAAUGUUGUUCAGGCAUCAGUAAAUGCAUCAGACACAUUACUGGGUUAUGUCAUAAAAAAGAAAGUUCCUGCAUCUGUUGAUAUUGCUGAACCAGAUGGUGGAAAUGAGGUUUCAGAACUAUAUGAACCAUUCCUUGUGGAAAUUUCAGAGGAUGAAGAACGCUAUCCAAAAGCAAUAGGCAGAGAAGAUACUCAUCAGACAAUGGUACAAUUUUUAUAUCGAAAAAAGGGAGCUACAGCACCUGAAAAACUACUGAUGCUUAUCCAUCAGGAUUCAAUAUCGCUUCAUCAUGUUCAGCUAACUCGAAAUGACAAAGAUCAAUGGACAUUAAAUGGAGAUCCACCUUAUGAGUCUAUAGUAAAAACAUUCUGUUGGGCUCAGUGGGACUGUGUACACCAGUCACUUUAUUACAUUCACUACCGAAAACCACAAAUCAGUGUUGAAGGGGAAGAAAAAGAAGAAAAUCAAGAGGAAGAGAUGUCGCCCACUCUGUCAUGCUUGCAAUUCCAUGAUGAAAUGCCACAUGAGACGGUGCUAAAUAUUCCACUGAAUCUACCUCAGCUUCCGAAGAGUGUGGAUUUGCCAUGUGACUUCUAUGAAGAUGACCCAAUUCCAUUGCGAAUUCACGAUUGUUCCCUAGACCUGCAAGUCAUAACGGACCCAAAGGGCAUUAUUUGCAUUUGCCAUCAUUACUUGUAUCAGCCUGUGAAGGCACCUGUACUGGACACUGGAAGUUCAGAAGAAUUAAUGGCAACUGUUCACUUUGCAUAUUCUGUCACACUCCUACAGCAUGGCAGUGUCAUUCAUUGUGUUGUACCUGGAAUACUUUGGUCUCAGGCCCGCAGUAUGAAACCUACUUUUAUGUUACAUGGGGACCACCACAUGCUGGUCUUUGCGCCAGGGUUAUUUGCACAUCUUCUGGAUAUUGGACUUUCACAUGAACCGUGCUGCCAUGUUUUGGCAGGGCCUGCAUUGCCUGGGGUACCUGGGCAUGUUGCACAGCUCGUCCCCUUGUUGCCACACUGUGAGAGUGCUAUCACACUUGAUUUACCCUCACUAGAUUUAGUACCACUAUCAAUGCCACCUUCUCAUCUCUUUGAAGCAUUUAGGGAUGCUGCAGCUGCUGAAUCAACUGAUGACUGCCUAGCUAUUUUGCACUACUUCCUUGUCCAUGUUGGGGAUUCAGAUGCUGUUUCUCAGUUGCUUAAAACUUUUCUUGAGAAGCCACUGAGAUUGAAUGUAUCACAAAUUCUACAGGAAAUGCUAGUUGGUGGUGCUUAUGCUUCCUCCUACAGAACAAUAACUUCCGAUGCGCUGCCUUUGUUAGGAUUAUUGCCACUAACUACCAUUUCACGAAUCACUAAUAUUGAAGUAAAAAUCAACCGUCUCACAAUGUCCAUAUCACAAGAAACGCUGUGGAAUACUGCUAUGAUGCUGCUGUCACCCCAGCAGAGACUUGUUCCAUAUCGUGUUGAUUUGUGGACCAAGUUGUGGGAUCAUUUAGCAAAGAGAAAUGAAAAAGAUAAAAGACGUUUUAGCUCCAGUCAGGUGGCAGAAAAGCUUAUGGUGUCACUAGUUUGCUAUCAGCCGGAAGCAUUAUCACGUUCCAGUACACCACUAUCUCCUGGUGCUAGCUUGGUUGGCUCAGGUGCAAUUGCAGAUAUGGCUGCAAUAGCAGGCAAUAGAAAAGGUGGUUUUGCUGACAUGCUGCCCUUCUGUGAAGUAGAAAGCUGCACAGCGAGUAAACAGGAACACGUAAUUUCUGUUAAUCUACGAGAACUGAGCAUGCAUUUGUUAAAGAAUGGGAGCAGGCAAACUCCAAUGAAUGUCCAUGUUGUAGCAACACGCUAUGUUGCAGCUCAACUAGAAGUUUCAAAACAUUUGUGUGCUAUGUUAUGCCAGUGUGCUGGCAUUGAUUCGUACAAAGAGCAAGAGAAAGGAUUUGCUCUCAUGAGGAAGAGCAUUGAAGAGUUUUGUUCCAGUGUAGUGGACACCGUUUUGCACCAAGCUCAAAUUUCUGUGCCCGCUGUAGACCAGCUAGAUGAAAACCGACGCAAUGUAAUGUUUGUCCUCUUGGAGCGUUAUUACUAUGCCAUAGAAUCAUUAGCUUUUCCUCUGCCUCAAGGAUUUACCUCCUUUUUUACAUAUCUUGGAUACAGGACGUUGUCUUUCUCUAUGUUUUUGCAAUACCUUCAGCGCAGCGUUUUUGAACUGCAGAUUGAUGUCAUGAAGGCUAUUAUGGCAGACACAGAUGAUUCCAAGGAAGGUGUGAAAAGGAAGUUGCGACUACUGCUUUUUCUGCCAAGAUCUAGAGCAAAGCGUUUGUUGAAUCAGUGGACACAUCCAGCAAGCUUAAUGUUGCGGGCUCGAGAACAUGCUUUAAACAUAUUGUCUGGUGUUGAAGGAGCACAAGCUCGAGGUCAUCCUUCACAGAGGACAAAGAACAUUCAGUUGGGUUCAAAAGGUCUCGCUGCCUUUCCUUCUGCAGAUAGGUUAUCACCUCUAGACACAUUCCUUAACUUACUAACUGCGAAAGCCAAUCUGAAUGAACUUGAUUUUGGACUCCUUGUUGAAGCAACUGUAACAUCGACAGGAGACUUUCUGUAGUCAUUCAGUCUUCAGUCUUGCCUCAGUGGAAAACCAUAUUAACUGUGGAAAAACCUUAACAGUACACAUACUUACAAAGUGGAUUCCCAUUCACUUUGAACAUGAAAGUACAAAGAAGCAAUGCAAAACUCUAACUGCCAUGGUCAUCUCUUCCACUUAGAAAUUUAAUAUGCUUAUCAAAAAUUGUGUAGGUGAAGAAAGCCAAAAAGAAUAUUACAUGAUGUUUGUCUUUGGUAAAAGUUGUGUGUAAUUUAAAACCAAAAUAGACUCAUUUUGUUUUGUGCUAUUUAUUGUUUGUGAGAUCACAAACAUAGUAGGUAAUAAUAUGUCCUUCAUAUAGUUAUUGCUCACACCAAAGAUAUGGUAAAAUAUUUACUUGUCAAAGAAUAGUGUGUAUGAUAAGAGUGUAUAUAAAUACUGGACACAUCCUGACUAUAAGGUCUGUUAACAUUUAUUGUAAGAGUGGUCAUUUUGUACUUGAUAUAGGCUAUGUGGAGCUUCCAGGUUACAUGUAUUUUUUCAUGUGCUUUUACAGUAUAAUUAGCACCAUGCCACCAGCUCUCUGCUGACUGUACUGAUAUUAUUUUUUAUCUUGCAACAAUCCUUUUUUAUGUAUGAUAAUCUCUACACUCCACUCAUUGCCUGCUGUUACCCUGUGAAGUUAAAGCAUUUACCACAUUCACUACUUCUUUGUAUAAGAUCAGCAAUGGCUUUGUAAGCCAGAAUUAGCUGUGUUUCACAGAAGUAGUCUAAUAAAUACAAUGUGAGUGUAAAAAUGUUGCCAACAAGUGGAAUUAUUAAAGCAACACAGAUUUCAUUAACUGACUUUAAAAUAUGCAUUUUUAUGAGGAUUUGUCACCAUUUAAAUAUAUUGUUUUUGUAGUUUAUUUUAUUAGAAUGUUGAAUUCUUGUUCCAUAUCACUGCCACCGCUGCCCCCUCUCAGUUUUGCUAAUAUUGUAAUUGUCGGUUUCCAGCAUGUAUAAUAUUCACUGUGUUGCUGUUCAAGUGAAAAUGAUAAAUAUCUAUACUCCAAUUUGUGUGGCAGGCAGUCAGUGAUGUAUAAGUUUCAGCAUCAAUUUUAUUUUAAGGCCACUGCAUGAUGCUCUUAUGGGCCUGUGCACUUCUCAUUUUCUUCUUAUUAAGUGAUACCAAUGUCUGCAGAUGAGAAGACCAGAAGAGAUUGCCUCUAGUUGUGGUAGCAAACUAUUACUAUGCUGUCUGCUCAAGAGGAUUUGUGUUACUUUGGUAUUUGUGGAAAUGAUAGUUGAUAAUGGACACUUUGUAGAAAUGAUGGUUCAUAAUGAACACAGUAACAGGAAACAACUUUUAUUGCAACUGAGUUUUCAGACAAUGGAUAAAAUAAUGAGGAUGGAGUAAGUGAAUAACAGUAUUGCUAUUUCGUUUUGGACACAGCGCUUUCUUUCUUCCUCAACCUCCCUGUACCCAUCUGAAUGAGGCUGUAUGUUGACACAGCAUUUCAAAAGAGUAAGCAAGGAUCAAAGGGCACAGUUUACUUGGUGGACAUAGUAGAGUCAGGAGAAAUGAGAAAAUAGGAAGGUUUGACAAUUAUAAUGCUGACAAUGAGAGAGAAAGAGAGAGAGAGAGAGAGAGAGAGAGAGAAGGAGCAAUUUAGAGACAAAUUAUAGGAUGAAAUAAGGAAAAGCAGUAUAGAGAGGAAGGAAGUGAGGGCUGUUUAUGUGUGUUGCUUCUGUAAGGGGACAACAAAACUGCUUUCAUAUAGCAGCAACUACCACAACCGGCAGUUUAACUGCUUAAGACUCUUCCAUGAGUGCUGCAGUUGACUUAUUUUCCACUUCUUUCCUGUUAUUUGUACUGCACCAGCACAGUAAGUUUUUCAUCACAUAGUUAACUAUACCAACAUAAUGCUUUUGUAUGGCUCCUACUAAUGUGUAAACUUUUCAUUGAUCUCAUUCUUCGCCAGCACAUAUUUCUAUACCCUAUAUGUAUUUUGAUAAAUUAAUAUUUAAAAGCUACAUUUAUAUGCUGAUUGUGGUGCAGCCAGCCAGCUGAUAGCUGCCCGAAUCAGCCAACCAAUAAUAAUAUUUAUCUAAUUAUUUUGUAAGAACAAACUAGAAAUUUUGCUAUUGAAUUGAUUUCAUUUUAAUUACAAAAGGUUUCCUACCUUCCUAGUCAACAUUACUAGAUGCCGUACAUCAGUAUUUCUGAAAAUUACAAUGUAAUGAUGUAAUUGCUUCAUCAGCUUUGAGUGGUUAUACACUGUCAUGUUUAGGUUUUCUUUAAACUGUAAUAUAUGAGAAUUGCCAUGUACAGUAAUAUUGAUUAAUAGAAGUAAAGAUAGUUGAAACUGGUUUUCUUAAUGGAGGGACAUGGUAAUAUACUCAAUGUGCUCCUAGAAAGCAUAAAAUGUUUGGAGCUUUCGAACAUGUUUCAUAAGGAUGUAAGAGAAAGGUUGAGAAAUAUGUGUGAAAGAUGAAACAGAGUAGUUGAAGCUAUGGAGAAAAGAGUGAAAAAAGUCCUAUAGUGAAAUGGAAAGAGAACUCAAACAAUCUAAGACAACAGGUGGGUCUUCAGAUUUCAGUCCUCUAGCACAGACAUCAUUUUAAACAAUUUUUACUUGUCAAGACUUUUAUGUAUUGAUUCAUUCUGGAUAAUUAUAGUAUGUUAUGCACAUUCCAGUAAAUUACAAUCAUCUUUUCUUUUCCUUUAUUUUAUCCAGUUUCAAACAGCACAAAGUAGUACUUAUAUAUUUUGCUUAUAUGUUUAUUUUUGAAAUGUAAUGUUUAACUCUAUUUAUGCGAUACUAGUCAGAAAA